AUGACUGGCGCGAACUGUGCCGCAGCGCUGCCCCGGCGCUUCCGCUCCGAACGGAAACCGAUCCCCCUUGGCUCGCAUGGUUGCAUCUCUCUCCGCACCACCCUCACGCUCGCCAGCUUGAUGGCCACGGGCAGCUCAAAGCACACCGGCAGCCCACCAAAAUACAUUGACCUAGCCAAAGCAAACGCACAGCGACCCGUCAGCGAUGGAGGCAGCACUCAGGAGGUCCAGCAUGUCUCGAAAAUCGUGGCGGGGUCGUUGGUAGAUUUUACGCUGAUACUCAGUCUGCUGUUUGGGGGAUGUUGCUCGAAUGUAUGGUCCUACGAAUACAUACUCAAGAUGGACCCACAUCUGGGUACCGCCCUGACCUUCUCGCAAAUGUGCUUCAUCACCUUGCACUCGCUGCCGUCGUUUUUGCAAUGGGACCGUUCCUGCAUCCCUCGCCUGCAGAGGAGGCACGUCCCGAUCCGUCAGUGGAUCGCGCAAGUACUUGUCCUGACAUCUAGCUCGCUCCUCAACAACUGGGCGUUUGCGUUUCAUGUGCCGCUUACGGUACAGAUUGUCUUCCGCUCCGCGGGUUUAGCCGUCUCCAUGCUAUUUGGCUUCCUGUUCUUCAAGAGACGCUAUUCACUGCCUCAAAUUGCCUCAGUAGUCAUUGUCAGCAUGGGUGUCCUCCUAGCAACGCUGUCCAAACCGUCAUCGUCGACGAAAUUGGAUACCGAUGAUCCAAGGGCUAGCAUGAGAUACGCACUAGGUGUGCUCAUGAUGACAACGUCGUUGUUCCUCACUGGAGCGCUCGGGUUACUUCAAGAACGUACCUAUAGCAUGUACGGCCCUUACUGGAAAGAGGGUGUAUUUUACACUCAUCUGCUCUCGAUACCAAUCUUCGUCUUCCUAGCGCCGGACGUGAAAAAUGGCUUCGACAGCUUCUGUCAACAACUCACAUCGCGCGUCACCUCGGUGUCGACCAACCUCGUGCUCACGGCCCGCAAAGCGAUCAGCCUGUGUAUCAGCGUGUGGUGGUUCGGCAACGGGUGGAAUGCGGAGCUCACGACGGGCGCGGGGAUGGUGUUCGCCGGUUCACUGCUAUACACGUGGUAUACCUCGGAAGGAGAGCACGAAGACGAAGAGCGACUAGACCUGUCGGACCUCAAGCCGCCCACGACGCCGACGUGCCACUCGGCCUAA